AUGUCUUCGUCGACUGACCGAAACUCUCACUCGGAUGUCGAGUCAGCUGCACCCACCAUCGUCGACGACAACCGAUCCAAGAACGAUCCAGGAGAUGUUGGCGAGGUCAUUGCUCCAGGCGAAGAGUCUGCACAGGAGAUAAAGGACGAGAAAGGAGAUCCAUUCCUUGUACAGUGGGAUGGCCCAGACGAUCCUGCCAACCCUAAAAACUGGAGCAGGACGUUCAGGUGGUAUAUUACGGCGCUGGGAGGCGUAGCUGUACUCAAUGCAACUUUUGCGAGUUCGGCACCUUCUGGAAUUGAAGGACAAUUGAUUAGAGACUUUAAUCUCUCCACAAUAGUUGCUAUUCUUACUAUCAGUCUCUUCGUCGUUGGUUAUUGUGUUGGCCCUCUUCUAUGGGGUCCUCUAUCCGAGAAUUAUGGUCGCCGUCCGAUAUUUCUCAUCGGCUUUGUUGUCUACACAGGCUUUCAAAUAGGUGGCGCCCUCGCACCAAAUAUCGCAUCUAUACUCGUCUUCAGGUUCUUGGGUGGGACAUUUGCCGCAUGUCCCCUUACUAAUUCUGGAGCUAUCAUCGCCGACAUUUGGGAUGCAGAUACACGCGGCAAGGCGCUCGCCAUAUUCACUCUUGCUCCGUUCGCAGGUCCAGCAUUGGGUCCAACCGUUGCUGGUUACAUGAGCCUCGCGGGUGUCAGCUGGCGUUGGUUGUUUGGCGUUCUAUCCAUUUUCGCGGGAAUAUGCACCAUUGUCUUGGCAUUUACUCUUCCCGAGACGUACGCCCCUAUCAUUCUGAAGAAGCGCGCGGAAAAACUACGCAAGUCUACUGGUGAUGAUCGAUAUUAUAGCGCAAUCGAAAGGGAGAACCUUCACUGGGCCAAGCGAAUCGAAAAUAUCCUUGGACGACCAUUUAUCAUGUUUUUCCAAGAACCUAUGCUUUUUGCCGUAACACUAUACAUGUCAUUCAUCUAUGGUUGUGUCUACCUGCUCUUUGCCGCCUACCCGAUUGUUUUCACCCAGGGGCACCAUCUUAACUCGGGCGCCUCGGGCUUGAUGUUCUUGCCGUUAUUUGGUGGAGGAAUUGGAGGUGUCGUUGUCUACCUUGUAUACUACAACCCGAUAUAUACGAGACGUAUUCGCGAAUUUGCUCCUCGACCCGUACCACCCGAGUAUCGCUUAGAUAUGGCUCUCCUAGCAGCUCCUUUGUACUCGAUCAGUUUCUUUUGGUUCGGAUGGACAUCCUACCCAUCGAUCUCCUAUUUUGCCCCUGCUUUUUCGGGUGCUCUCUCUGGGUUUACAAUCGUUCUCCUUUUCCUCUCGCUAUUCAACUACAUCAUCGACGCAUACCUCAUGUACGCCGCAUCCGCGCUGGCCAUUUCAACUGUCGUUCGAUCAGCGUUUGGAGCUGGUUUCCCACUGUUUGCGACGAGCAUGUACGAAAAACUCAAUCCAAGGAUCGCGAGUACGGUAUUGGGCGCGAUCGCAGCUGCGAUGAUACCCAUCCCGUUCAUACUUAGAAAAUACGGCGCCCAAGUCCGACGCAAGUCCAAAUACGCACCUUCAUAG